AUGGCUUCUCAACCGGAAACAAAGGCCGAGGCCGAGGCUCUGGUUCCUCAAUUCCAACUCGAGCGAGUCCUUAAUCAAGACCAAAAUGGCCGCCGAAUCACGCUUCUUGGCAACAUCGCCUCAAAGCCAGCACUGAUCACUUUAGAACGAGCAGCAUUUCCAACCGACACAGCUCUAGUCUCGACUCUACUCCAGUCACUCACCAAUACGACCAAUCUCGGCGCAAAUGACAUCUACAGAUGGUACAUGGCGAACCGCUCCGCCUCAGCCAGCCCAGCUCAACCACCACCACCACCACCCCCCUCAAAAUCCGACAUAGUCUCCUCAACACCGGCAUCAUCACCACCACCACCAACCAUCCUCCCAGAUCUGAAACUCAACCUCAUCUACCCAUGCACCGCACAGCACAUCCGGAAAUACUCAGCGCAGCGGGUACGGAUGGUGACAGAAACACCGAGCAUCUACAAGACGCACAUCCAACCGUUCAUAUCGCGGCAACGCACGGCGGGGCGACUGGACUGGAUCUUCAACAUCCUGGACGGACGGACGGAACAGGAAGACGUGAUUGCACGGGUGGCGUGGGACUCGGCGUCCCACUCCGGGUUCCUGCUGCUGCCAGACCUCAACUGGGACCGCAAGACCGUGCAGGGCAUGCACCUGCUGGCGCUGGUGCAGCGGCGCGACAUCUGGUCGCUGCGCGAUCUUAAGAAGAAGCACGUCCCCUGGCUGAAGGAGAUGCGCGAUCGCAUCGUCGAGGCUGCGACGACGCGCGUGUUCCCUCCCGGCGAGGUCGACGCCGAUGAGCUCAAGUGCUACAUCCAUUAUCAGCCGACGUACUACCAUUUCCACGUGCACGUGGUGCAUGUCAUGUUGGAGGCGGGCGCGACGCAGAGUGUGGGCAAGGCGUUUGGGUUGGGGAAUGUGAUUGCGCAACUGGAGGGGAUGGAAGGUGGUGAGGAAACUGGGAUGGAUUCAACCGACUUGUACUAUUACCUGGGCGAGGAGAAUGAAUUGUGGAAGAAGUGUUUCGGACGCAUAAAGGCUGGGGAGGAGGUCACGCUGAAUGAGCCGUAA